CGUCCCAAAACAGCAGAUACGGGAUACGGUAUGCCGGUUUUCGAUUCGCGCAUCUGGUUACCCAUGAAAAGAUUCGGGACGGAGGUACGCAGCGUAUCCCAGAGCGUCCCGUAUUCGCAACGGGUAGAUACGAUGCUUCGCGCAACGUAUCUCGUAACCUGUACUAACCCUGCGUCUCAUAUCAAGCGGAAAUGGUGAGCGCCUUUUUUUCGCAUACCGUCGAAAACAAAGAAAAACGAUACGGUACGCGAAGCCACCUCCAGAGGUGGCUUUCCCUGGUAUCUCUGUUAUAAAAAUUUCAUAAGAACUUUUUCGUGUAACCACUGGAAUGAGAUUUCAUUUUCUUUCGUGUUUAUGGAAAAUUUUUCAAAAUGGAGUAUGAUUCCAUUUCUUCGGAUGACGAAGCCGAAAGCACUACAAACACUGUGGGCGCUGUAUGCAUGUCCGUUUGUAGUGUGAUUCAGAACUUAUUUGGGGGCUUAAAACACUUGAGUGCGAAGGGACUUCUGUCUCGCGGGGAUAACGAAAACGUUAAUCGGCGAGAAAUUCGUUCUGCUGCACAGAAUCUCUACAACCGUUAUCCUGGGCGAUUGUUUUUGGAGACGUACCACAUUAAUCCGGAUGUGUUUCGUGAAAUUGUGGAAAAAUUACGGCCUUAUUUUGAACGAAGUACGACGAAAAAACCUUAUGCAAUAGAGUGCAAAAUAGCUGCCUGCAUUCAUAUGCUAGCACAUGGAUCGUCGGUACGGUCUCAGUGUGAACUCCAUGGUUUAUCCCGUUCAACUGCAAGUCGUGCUUUUCGGAUAUUUUUGAAUGCAGUGAAAAACGAGUACUGGUCACUGAUUAAGUUUCCCGAAGAAGGAGGCAUGAUACGUUCGGCUCGUGAGUUUGAAGAGAAGGGACUGCUUUAUGGUGCUCAGUGGAUGCCAAAAAUACUGGGAGCAGUGGAUGGAACACACAUUAAUAUUAAGGCGCCGCGCUUUCGCCCAGAAAGUUAUGUCAACAGGAAAGGAGAACUGUCCUUAAAUGUACAAGCUUGCGUGAAUUCUUCAUUGGAAUUUAUCCAUCUGUAUGUGGGAGCUCCAGGAAGAGUGCAUGAUCAGAAUGUUUUUGAUAAUUCGGGACUGGAAGCCUUAAUUCCAGAGAACUGGAUGAUUCUGGGUGAUGGUGGUUAUCGUGCGACGCGAAAAGUAUUAACGCCGUUCCGAGAGAACGGCCGCCUAUCUGCUAAACAAGAAGAAUUCAACGAAAUUCAGUCAAGUCUGCGAAAAGUUGUAGACAGAGCGUUCGGGGUUUUGAAACGGCGAUUUAAAAUUUUGAAGUAUUUGGAUUAUGAUGACAUGUGCACCAUGAAACACAUUAUUAUAGUUUGCUGUCUGCUUCAUAAUUUGGACAUCCAGUCUGCGGAUGAAUUUACGUCGGAUAUGGAUAACGAUCUUGAAGACUUUUAUCUGGACGACGACGAUGGUGUUGACGAAGGAUCGUUUGGCGACUUCAAAAACGCACUCGUAACGCGCAUGCUGCCAGAUUCGCUGGGAUAAGUAAUCGGUGAGCGAAGUAUUAGUUUAUGAAUUUUAGUGACAGUAAGGCUUACGUUGUUAACGGGCUGCUGACCAUGAUCAGCUACGUUUUUUGUUGCAUUGCGAUCUUUUCCAUGAUGUUUUAUUGCUUGACGGUCGGGAUAGAAGUUUUCUCUGGGAAGUCUUUAAAGUGUACCUUUCAUGUUGACUUUGUUGUGCAAAAUGUUGAUUAUGCCAGAUGGUUAUUUUUUUUGCAGUUGCGUGCUGGUGCUUUUCAAUGCUUUUUUGACAAAAUUGUUGCAGCAGCAGUUUGUGUGAAUUUAUUACAACGUUCAG